CAAGAUCUGAAGUAGUCUGACAGAAACUAACCCAACCAGUGGCUGCUCCAGUUCCCCUUCUGUCACUCAACAGAUGUGGCUUUCACAACCUAAGAGACAAAACAACAUUGAAGUCAUGAAAAAUGGCUGGACUAUGACCGUAGCAGUGCGCAUGUUAAGAGAUAAAUGCUUACACAAGUUCAAACCCAUGCUCUUUGAGUUCUUUUUUUUCUGUGCCACCUUCAGUGUUUUCAUCAAAUCAACUUGAGAUGUCCAUUUCAUGGAUUUGAGUCAUAAUGGUUUUUAUUCUUUACUUUUUGGAAAUUGCAUCCUUUCUAGGGCACAACAUAGAAAUCUAACACCAAACAGAAAUACUUAAGCAAAUUAGUGUGCAGGCCUAAUUGUUAUAUUUUUUCGUAACAGUGUUCACAGUAUCUUGUAACAAACUGUAAAUGUUUUCCAUUUGGGUGGUUAGACCAGUUUAUUCAGAGUUUCAUUGCGUUUACACCAGAUAGCACCAGAGAGCUGCAUUACUUUCACAGUGAUCUGUCUUGCUUAUGCACCAAUCAGUGUCUAGCAUUGUGCACAAAAACACUUGAAGGAGCAACAAAACAUUUCCAGAUUAUCUUUUAAUCUGUCUAAUCAGGCAAUCUUUCCAGAUUUAAAAAUGACCUCUUACCUUGAGAUAGGAGGUCCAGGCAAAACCAGCAAAAAAUACAGGCAAAGUCCACUCACAAGCAAUUAAAGCUUCCCUUUCUUUGCUUCACCCUCAGCCCAGAGUGCGUUACCAGGACAGAAUGUCACUGCCAGACAGAGGCUUUAUAUAGAUGAGGUGGGGGCGGUACAGUGGCACUGGGCAUGCCUGGCACACAGACAAGUGAGAUGUGGUUGUAAGUCUCAACCACAGUGUCAGUUGUCUUGCUUUAUUUGAGCAUAUGGGAAUUUGCAUUGGUAUAGUAAUAAUGCAGCUUAAUGAAUUCAUAAAAAAACUCAGUUUGAUAGAGAGACAAGUUGCCUUGUUCAAAUUAGGCAAAAAAAAAAAAAAAAAGUAAAUCAAAGCUUUGUGAACGUGCCAAUGGGCAUAAUUUACUGGCUCUUAAUCAUUUUCAGUCACCAGGUGUGUCUACACAUGGUCCUGGCUCCUGUGUAAGUCUGAUGUUUGGGCAAAGUUGAUGCAAGCAAGGGUGACCUUUUACAUAACAGAAAUUUAAUACUAAUUAUUAAUUAUACUGUAUGCAUUCAAGUCCAUGUUACCACUUGUGACUAUCAGUCAUAUAAUGUUCAUUCAUUAUGGAAAUUGUAUCCUGACUGUUCGUCAUUAGAGAGUGGUGGAGUAGGGGUAGGCUUCACCAAGGGGAAUGCCCCAACUAAUCCCUCACAGUCUGGAGUAUUAUCACCCCUUGGCAGGAGAGGGAGACUCCCCAUAUGAGUGACUGAGAGAUCUGGCUGUUCAGUUUGGUUGGGUGGUCUUCAGGGAGUGGGCUUGUUGUGCAGAGUUAGCAAUAGACAUUUAUAUUUAGCUUGGGAGAGGAAGAGAGGGGGUCAAACUAGGAAAUGGGGGAUACUGUUGGUCAUAAUACCUCUCCUCCAUCCUCCCACUUAUCCAGGGGUUGAGAGGUGUUCUGGGUCAUCAGGUGUCCCUUUUUAGGGAGGAGUUAUGUUUCAAAACCAAGUCACUGCAGCUCCUGAAAUGUAGCUUCUGCUCUCUGUUCUGAAAGUUUCCCUCAUGAGAUAUACAUGAUAUACUGUUGACAGUCUGCCAGGGAGAUACCGGGCAUUUCUGUGUAUGCAACUGUGCACACACAUGUGGCAUAUGUCUGCACUCCAGGGGUCGGCUGGUAGUUAAAUAAAGCAGUACACCAGAAGUGAAGGAAUGAGAGAGGGGCGAAGUGGGAGGGAGAGUGAGAGGAUGACAGAGAGGAAGAAGAGGGAGGAGCAGGGGCGAGACAGAUUUAUUUCCACAGCUGAGUGCUGCCCCUCUCCUCUAUGGUUUGGCGUGGAUCUUGGAUAGGCCGUUGAGAAGAGUGACAAGCACCAGGGGCAAGAGUGAGGGGAAGAAGGGAAUAAACCGAGUGCAGGAGGAGGACUGUGGACAUGGAUACGCUAGCACUAGAGGCCACAGGCGGUAAAAAGACGGCUAAUGGGGCGGUGGCAGCGGCCGCCCCAGUGCCGGCCCAAGCCCCGGUCAAACGCAAACCUGCUAAAAAAGCUAAAAAGGCUGUUGUUUUCUUUGAGGUGGAGAUACUGGAUGCCAAGACCAAGGACAAGCUCUGCUUCCUGGACAAGGUCGAGCCAAAUGCCACUAUUGGGGAGAUCAAGUCUAUGUUCCACAAGAGCCAUCCUCAGUGGUACCCAGCCAGACAGUCCAUUCGCCUCGACCCCAAGGGGAAGUCUCUGAAGGAUGAGGAUGUUCUGCAGCAUCUCCCUGUGGGAACCACGGCAACCUUCUACUUCAGAGACCUGGGAGCCCAGAUCAGCUGGGUCACAGUCUUUCUGACAGAGUACACCGGCCCUCUGGUCAUCUAUCUGAUGUUCUACUUCAGGGUUCCCUUCAUCUACGCACCCAAAUAUGACUUCACCACCAGUAAACACUGGGUCGUUCAUCUCGCCUGUAUGUGUCACUCUUUCCACUACAUUAAGAGGCUUCUGGAGACGCUGUUUGUCCAUCGCUUCUCUCAUGGAACAAUGCCGUUACGCAACAUCUUUAAGAACUGUAGCUACUACUGGGGCUUUGCAGCAUGGAUGGCCUAUUACAUCAACCACCCGCUGUACACUCCCCCCAUCUACGGGGAGCAACAAAUCAGACUGUCCCUCAUCAUAUUCUUGUUCUGUCAGAUCGGCAACUUUUCCAUCCAUGUAGCUCUUCGGAACCUCCGUCCACCAGGCUCUAAGACCAGGAAGAUUCCCUAUCCAACAAAGAACCCCUUCACCUGGAUCUUCCUGCUGGUCUCCUGCCCCAACUACACCUAUGAGUUGGGCUCCUGGCUUGGCUUCACCCUGAUGACCCAGUGCCUGCCGGUGGCCUUCUUCACCUUGGUGGGUUUCAUCCAGAUGACUGUGUGGGCCAAGGGGAAGCACCGCAGCUACCUGAAGGAGUUCCGUGACUACCCUCCUCUCCGCUCACCCAUCCUGCCCUUCAUCCUGUAGAGGACCACUUCCCCGCUUGUAGGAGUCAAGUAGACCACCCCACCUCUCCACCCCAGCCCUAACUGAGAGCCUGUUUACACCUGACAUUAAACUGCGUCUUGGGUGAUCCAAUCACAAGUGGACCGGCGAGACACAUCGCCGCUCACAUCUGUGUCUGUCAUGCAUCUCCAAGGUGUCCAGCUGACUGCUUGUGUUUAGAUUUCAUGUCACUUCUGUUAGAAGGUCAAAGGGCCUUGUGCACAGUUAUUACAUGUCUGCAAUUUGUUUCACACAGGCUAACAGCUAGCCAAGAACACAAAAAUGUUUCAAGAACUAAUACACAUGUACGGCUAUUCCAACUGUUCAGACUGGCAGGACAAAGUCAUUUGUGACUUGCACACAAGCACAGGACAAGACAGAAAAAGGGAACUUGUACUCCACAUACAUCAGUGCGCCUUUUUUUUUUUCAAGCAUUGAUGCACUGUCAGAUAAAACAACCACAACAUCCUGCAUGCAAAAAUAUUUGGUCGCCUGCAUCCCACUUCGGCAAGUGGUUUGAGUGAUCGGACCAUAAUGUGUCUUGGUGGUCGUUCAUACCUGUAUUUACUGCUGCCCACUUGUGAUCGGCUCAUCCAGCAUGCAUGUUAAUACCAGGUGUAAACAAGGUGUGAGAGGGUACCCUCCCUUUUUCAAUCCUCCGGAAUCUACACCGAACUUAGUAGACUGAAGGAAUGUAACCCUGUCCCCUUUUCCUUCUCCCCCCUCAACCAAAUUGUCUCUUUACCUUCCUGCUUGCAAUCUAUCAUGUUGAGUGAAAAACACUACACUUGCUCUAUUUUUUUAUUGCCCACAAACAAACCAAUUCUGAUUGGUUAAUUGACUUACAUGCAUAGAGUUACAGUAUAGUGGUCUUCACCUUCCAACAACCCAGCGCAUGCUGAAUGAUGCACUAGAUGCCUAACCAUGCUUAUGUCAUCUAAUACUGUUGUUUAGGUGCUGUAUCUGCAUCUGGUAUUAUUCAGCAAAACUUCAACUGUUUAGUUUUGAUAUCAUCUAAAUUUGAAACCAUAACAGCAUUUAAUUUUGUUGAUGUUUGAAGUAAUUUAUUAAAAAACAGUAAACCAAAAUGUUGUUGCCUUGUUA